GCACUGGUGCGAAUACAUGUAGAAGACGGAUUUCAAGAGGGGACACAGCACGCAUUGUGUAAUGUGAUAGAAAUUUUUGUUUGGUCGAUUGCGGAAAAGUUUAUAAAAUAAAUGAAUUAAACUUGUUGAAAACAAUGGCAGGAUUCACAAAAUUAGUCAAUGUGUCCCAAAGCAUAAAAGUCUGCUGUGCGGCCUUGGGUAAUUUGUCCAUACAGAGCACAACAAGAAACUUUGGAUCACUGUUGAGGUUUCAACAACACGUACAACCUCAACUAUGUGCCAGUGCUUCGGCAAUCACUGGUCGAAAUUUCUCAACGAACCAAACAAAAUGUGAUUUGAUGCAAUUUUUUGACGAUCCUAAAAACUGGCCUGAAAAUGAGGUUAAAGUUGGUCGUGCCUGGAAGCUAGAUGAACUACGUAUAAAGUCUAACAAAGAAUUGCAUCAGUUGUGGUAUGUUUUACUAAAGGAACGUAACAUGCUGCUGACCAUGGAACACGAAUGCAAUGAGAAGAUGGAACUGUUUCCCAGUCCAGAGCGUUUGGAUAAAGUGAAAAUAUCGAUGGAGAAUUUGGAAACAGUUGUGAGAGAACGUAAUAAGGCCUAUCAUUUGUUGGAGACGGGUGAGACUGGUGAACGUCCUCAACGUUUGGUGGCUAACAAUCUGGGUAUUCGCUACAUGUACAAAUCUGUUGAGCAUGUCCUGCCGCCAUUUAUGAACGUCAGAUGGAUUAAGACCCGCUCCAUUGGCUACGGAGGACGUGCUGUGCGCAAAUUCUUGUUGAAAUAUCGCGAAAAACUUUACAAUGAAAAGCGAAAGGCCAAGAAUCGCUCUCGCAAUGAAGUCAUGAUGUUGCUACGCCGCAACCCUAACAUGGAUGUUGAUUUCCUCAGACGUAAAUUCCCCAAUGUGAAUAUAGAUAAAUUGAUGGAGUCGGAUAAAAUCCGUGGUCAUUAUGUACCCAAUGUAUAGAUUCCAAAAUAAUACAAAUUUGUUGUGUUUUUUAAAAGUCA